AUGUCAAAGCAACUUGAACUAAAAGAAUUCGAAGGAUUCGAAGAACACUUGGAUCCCAAUAACUUAAGCUUGAUUUCAAUACUCCGAUUUCGACGUUCUAAAAGUGAUUUUACUUAUAGUAAACUUCAUGAACAUGCAUUAAUUUCAAAAUUUUUAGCAUGUAUUUCAGAAAUACCUGAGUGGUCUGAGGCUGCACUUUCUCUCAAAAAGAAUGGAGUGAUAGGGAAAAAGUUGGACUUCAUUGUCGAAACAACUACCAAGCUACCCAACCUCGCUUGUGGUAGUUAUGGAUGCUUUCCGGUAGGCUUCAUCCUAAGUCUGCAUGAAGUUACUAAACUAUUUUUACUGCUAUUUUCUGUCAAGCAACAAACACAAAAUGAAGAAGUUAUAAUAUUUUGGUUUGAAGUAGAUAAUGAGAUAGCAGACCUCAAGAUUAAGCGAUCGGAGAAUCAAUUCGUUAUUGAUAGAUCGGAUUCCAAUAAUCAAGCACAUAACCUAAUUGAGGAACGAAAGUUGGCGUUGAUUUCAAAAUUAGGGUCAGAUCAUAGCUUUAAAAAUAAUGAAAAUUUUCCUAUUCUGUGUGUCGCUUAUUCUAAUCCUGAUCCAUGUAUCUUUGCCGGAUUGACUGGGUCACAUCACUAG